AUGCUAGGCGGCGUCAUACCUCCAGGCAGUGGCGCCGUGCCCACUUCGGCCGGCAGCCGCCUAGACCAGAUUUGCGUCUAUAGGUCGGAGGGUGCUGGCGAGACACAGCGCACCAUGCUCUACGUGUCGGAAUACGAAGCAACCCACAAGCUCACGGUGCCGCACCUUCGAGCUGGCCUUCAUCCGAUGAACAUUUUCGCCGACGUGGCUAAUCGCAAGACCAUUCCGACGGCGGCCGACCCGAUCGGGCGAUUCGAGUACCAUGCCGUGAGGCUUACCGCGGCGGCCGUCACCCAGACCUAUAAGUACGUGAUCAACGGCAGGCUCGAGUACGGGCUGCUGACGACGGGCGAGACCAUCGUCUCCCUGCGGAUGGACUGGCGAGAUCCCGAGGCCCUUGAGAUGGCAGACCGGUCGGCGGACGAACGCCAUGCGUGCACGGCAGUGGGGCAGUAUCUGACCUUCAGCCUGAUGGCCUUGGGACUGGUAGAGGAGCAGUCGCGGCCGUGA